AUGCGGGAUCCUGAAACAGUGAAGUUCACUGGACAAAAUGAGCUUCCGCAGGAAGUUUCAGAGUUGGAAACACCUUUCCAAUACUUCAAGUUCGUCUUUCCAGGCGCUCUUAUUUCGCUUAUUGCAAAUGAGAGCAAUUUGUACUCAGUCCAGAAGGAUGCCAGUAAGCCCCUCUGCACCAGUGCCGAGGAGAUUGAAGUUUUUCUAGGCACCUGCAUGUGGAUGUCUAUAAUUCAGCUGAAGAACACUAGGUGGUACUGGAGUGAAGCUACCAAAGUAAGCCAAGUAGCUGACCACCUCACGGUGACACGCUUCGAACAGUUGAAGCACAACCUUCACUUUGUGGACAACAGCUCUCUCGGCCCAAGAGAUGAUCCUGAUAGAGACCGGCUUGCAAAGAUACGACCGCUCGUCGAUGCUGUAAAUGAACAGUUGUCGCUGAUACCGCUUGAAGAGCACUUGUCUGUGGAUGAACAGAUUAUACCUUUCAAAGGCGCAAGUGCACUGAAACAGUACUGUCCCCAGAAACCAAAAAAAUGGGGGUACAAAGUAUUUGUUCUCUCAGGAGUAAGUGGCUUCUCGUACAAGCUAGAACUGUACACGGGACAAGAAAACUCUGCCCCAAGACGUGCAGGAGAGCCUGACUGUGGAGCAAGCGGGAACAUUGUUGUUCGAUUGUGCAGGUUAAUCCCAAGAGGAGUCCACCACAAAGUGUAUUUCGAUAACUACUUCAACUGUCCAACCCUUCAGGUGUACCUGGAAAAAGAAACCGUGCACUGCAUUGGUACAGUCCGGAUCAACCGAGUAACGGGUAUCAGCAUGCCAUCUGACAAGGAAAUGAAACAGAAAGGAAGGGGAAGCUUUGAAGAGAAGGUAGCUACCCUGGAUGGCAUUCAGCUGUCGUGUACAAGGUGGCAAGACAACAGAGCCGUCACCUUGCUGUCCACCUUUGUUGGGGCAGAGCCUGUCCUAACUGCGCCAAGGUGGAGCCAAAAAGAAAAGGAGAGGCGCGACAUACCGUGUCCGUCGGUGAUAGGCGCUUAUAACAAGCACAUGGGAGGAGUGGAUCUCUUAGACUCUCUGAUCUCCCUCUACCGCGCCCAUCUCCGAUCGAAGAAAUGGUACUUUCGUAUUUUUCUUCAUAUUCUCGACUUGACGGCUGUAAAUGCCUGGCUGCUGUACAGGAGGAAUGCCGAGACUACUUCCGAUCAACCAACACGAAAGCUCAUGCCAUUAGCAGAGUUCAAGGUGGACCUCGCCACGUCACUCUGCAAAGCAGGAAAAAAUCAACUGAAGAAAAGGGGAAGGCCCAGCAAUGAGUCCGUGGAGCAAGGCAUCCAGCUGAAGAAGACAAGAGGUCCCAGCUAA